AUGGAAGGUGGAAAUGGAUGGUCCUUGUCCCUGUACCUUGUUCUUGUUUUUGCCCCUGUGCUUGACCCUGUCCCUGUUCAUGUCCCUGUUCCUGUCCCUGCUCCUGUCCCUGUCCCUGUUCCUGUCCCUGUUCCUGUCCCUGUUCCUGUCCCUGUUCCUGUCCCUGUUCCUGUCCCUGUUCCUGUCCCUGUUCCUGUUCCUGUUCCUGUCGCUGUUCAUGUUCCUGUUCCUGUCCCUGUUCCUGUCCCUGUUCCUGUUCCUGUUCCUGUCGCUGUUCAUGUUCCUGUUCCUAUCCCUGUUCAUGUUCCUGACCCUGUUCCUGUUCCUAUCCCUGUUCAUGUCCCUGUUCCUGUCUCUGUCCCUGUCCCUGUCCCUGUCCCUGUCCCUGUUCCUGUCCCUGUCCCUGUCCCUGUCCCUGUCCCUGUCCCUGUCCCUGUCUCUGUCCCUGUCCCUGUCCCUGUCCCUGUCCCUGUCCCUGUCCCUGUCCCUGUCCCUGUCCCUGUCCCUGUCCCUGUCCCUGUCCCUGUCCCUGUCCCUGUCCCUGUCCCUGUCCCUGUCCCUGUCCCUGUCCCUGUCCCUGUCCCUGUCCCUGUCCCUGUCCCUGUCCCUGUCCCUGUCCCUGUCCCUGUCCCUGUCCCUGUCCCUGUCCCUGUCCCUGUCCCUGUCCCUGUCCCUGUCCCUGUCCCUGUCCCUGUCCCUGUCCCUGUCCCUGUCCCUGUCCCUGUCCCUGUCCCUGUCCCUGUCCCUGUCCCUGUCCCUGUCCCUGUCCCUGUCCCUGUCCCUGUCCCUGUCCCUGUCCCUGUCCCUGUCCCUGUCCCUGUCAAGAACCAGGAGAACCAGAAGAUCCAUGAGAACCAUGAAAAAUAUGAGAACCGGAAGAAUCAGGAGAACCUGGAGAACUAUGAGAACCAUGAGAACCACCAACAAAUUGAGAAACAUGAGAACCACGAGAAUCCUGAAAGUCAUGAGAACCAGGAGAACCUGGAGAAUCAUGAGAAUCAUGAGAACUAUCAAAAUCUUGAGAACCGUGAGAACCAUGAGAAGCAGAAGAACCAAAAGAAUCAUGAGAACCAAAAGUACCAGAAGAACCAAGAGAACCGAAAAAAUCGCCUCUAUCCAAGAUACUCACUUAAUUCUUCGGACAACGAGGACACUCCGAUUCAUCGAUCGAUUUAUGCCCAACCGUACAACUCCGGCGGGCAAACACCACAGCUGCAGCAGUGCAAUCUUUCCGCGCUCGGGGGAGGACAAUCGAACAAUUACACCGUGGCCAACAGUGGCUACCGUUCAGUGAAAGGUUCGUCCUCCUCGCAUCCAGUGCAUCAGCAGCAGCAGCAGCAGCAGCAGACGACGACGACGACCCCCUCGUCGGACAACGGUUCCAGUGCGACGCUGACCGAUGCCGAGGUGGCCUUGGUGAGGGAGAACACGCUGCUGGUUAAUAACGUCCAGCUGGCUUCCAUUCACUGCGCCUGGUGCGGUGGCAUGGAGAGGGAGGGCAGCGAGAAUCCGCCACAUCGUUGGCCUCCCGAUCCCGAUGAUGAACCACUCUUGACCUUCCGCGAAGUAAAGAGCCAUGCAGACGAGUCUGCCGAUGAUGAUGAUGAUGAUGAGGAUGAGCCCUUUAGUCUGCACUAG